AUGCCGUUCGGACUAAAGAACGCUGGAGCAACCUACCAACGACUGGUAAACAUGAUGUUCGCUAGUUUGCUUGGAAGAACCAUGGAAGUCUACAUCGACGAUAUGCUGGUUAAAUCUUUGAUCGCAGAGCAGCACAUCGAGUAUCUCGCUGAGUGUUUCGAUAUCUUGGAUCAUUUCCAGAUGAAACUGAAUCCAACGAAGUGUACAUUCGGAGUCACUUCAGGCGAAUUCUUGGGGAUAGAAGCAAACCCUAAACAAAUCGAAGCCAUAUUGGGACUAUUGUCGCCGACCAACAAGCGAGAAGUGCAACGCCUGACCGGCUGCAUUGCAGCUUUAAAUCGCUUCAUCGCUCGAUCAACAGAUAAAUGCCUCCCUUUCUACCAACUCCUCCGCGGAAAUAAGGAUUUUCCCUGCGACGAGGAAUGCGAGGCCGCCUUCCGCGGCGUGUUGGUUCGAGACGACCGCGGGGAUCAAAAACCUAUCUUCUAUACGAGUAAAGCACUCAACGACGCGGAGUCACGAUACUCCACGCUGGAGAAGCUCGCACUCGCAGUGAUCAUUGCCGCACGGAAGCUCCGACCCUAUUUCCAGUCACAUUCCGUCGUCGUGUUAACCGAUCAGCCACUCCGAACAUUCCUCCAUAGCCCCCUCCAAUCCGGACGCAUGGCGAAAUGGGCAGUCGAGCUAAGUGAGUAUGACAUCAAAUACCGCUCCCGUCCAAGCUUGAAGUCGCAAGUCAUGGCCGACUUCAUCACCGAGCUAUCUCUUGACCUCGACGACCCCAAUCCUAGGGAAGAGCAUUGGGCAAUGUUCGUCGAUGGUUCGUCGACGAAUGUAGGAUCCAGAGUGGGACUCAUUCUCCGGUCCCCCACCGGUGAAGUUCUCGAGCAAGCAUUAAAACUCAACUUCAGAGCAUCAAAUAACAAAACGGAGUACAAGGCCGUCCUUGCGGGGCUUCGGUUAGCACAAGGACUCAGAGUGACACAUUUUCAAGUCUUCUGUGACUUGCAGCUCGUAGUCAGCCAAUUCAGUGGAGAGUUCGACGCCAAAAAUAAGCGAAUGGGGGCGUAUAGUCAGUUGGUCCGAGCACUGUCCGGGGAAUUCACGUCUUUUUCUCUGACAAAGGUCCCACGGAACGAAAACGCGUCAGCCGACGCCCUCGCAGCCCUGGCAAACAGCUCCGAACCUGAUUUACGGCGCAUCAUCCCGAUCGAAUGCAUCGACGCUCCCAGCAUCGACCCCGACAAUCAGAUAACAGUAAUCAACGACGACUCAGUUCCGAUGGAGGUCAACGAACCAGUAGAGGAUCUGACGGACGUCACGAAGCCUCCGGACGACUGGCAAAUUGAGAUCAAACUCUAUAUCUCCGACGGCGUCGUCCCACCAGACAGAUGGGCAGCCCGACGCUUAAAGGCUCGAAGUGUCAGAUACAUCCUCUUGGACGGGGAAUUAUUCCGCCGAAGCGCGUCCAGAGUUUUCUUUACCUGCGUCACUCAGGACGAGGCCGAGCGAAUCAUGAUGGCGGUGCACGAAGGCGUAGGUGGCAACCAUUCUGGCGGACGCACACUCGCCCUCAAAAUAAAAAAGGAUGGACACUAUUGGCCGACCAUGAUGACCGACUGCGAAGCCUUCGCGGCAAAGUGCGAAGCCUGUCAGCGCCAUGGACCAAUGCGGCACAUCCCGCCCGAACUGCUAAACACCAUGACAGCUCCAUAUCCUUUCAUGCGCUGGGCCAUGGACGCUAUAGGUCCUCUGCCGACGUCAAAAUACAAGAAAUACGUCCUGGUGCUGACCGAUUUUUUCACCAAAUCGGUCGAAGCAGAGUCCUUCACAAGGAUCCAAUCCUUGGACGUAACCAAUUUCAUAUGGAAGAACAUCAUAUGUAGGCACGAACUUCCAUACGAGAUUGUCACCGAUAACGGCACACAAUUCACCUCGAUGAUCACCAGACGUUUUCUGACGAAGUGGCAAAUCCGCCUCAACACUUCGACUCCCCGAUACCCGCAAGGAAAUGGACAAGCUAAGACCACUAAUAAGUCGAUCGUCGACGGACUAAAAAAGAGACUUGGUUGA